AUGGACGUGGACAUGAAGACCAAAGAAGACGCGACAAACCUCGACCUUGUCGACGAGAAGCCACGGGACAGAGAUAACGGGAGUAGUCGAAAGGACCGUGACUAUGACCGCGACAAGGACAGAGAUCGCGAGCGCGACCGUGAGCGUGAUAGAGACCGAGACAGAGACAGAGACCGCGAUAGGGAUAGUAAGCGUUCUGGCCGCAGCCGUCGUUCAGACCACUGGGAGCCUGAGGGCAGAGGAGAUCGUCGAAAGCGCUCCCGGUCACGCUCUCGCUCUCGUCGUCGUUCUGCUUCACCAAGAAGACGUGGCGGCAAACGGUCACGUUCUCGCAGCAGGUCAAGGAGUCGCUCUCGGUCUCGCAGCCGGGGUGGGGGCGGCUCCUUUGCCCGCUCGCUUGGUGGGCCAAUGAACGCCGACCACGAAGAAGCGGUCGAGUUCAGCAAGAUCAGCAAGAGAGAAAACCGUGUCUAUGUUGGCAACCUCAGCUACGAGGUCCGCUACCGCGAUCUGAUGGAAUUCAUGAGGGGAGCUGGAGAGGUUCUCUUCGCCGAAGUCCUCAUUACGCCUACCGGGGUUUCAAAAGGAUGCGGAAUUGUCGAGUUCGCCUCCCAAGAAGAUGCUCAACGUGCCGUUCGUGAAUUAUCUGAGGUUUCGCUGCUUGGUCGCCCUGUAUUUAUUCGCGAGGAUCGCGAGGCUGAGUCUCGUUUUGGCGCUACACCCGUUCCUGGAAAAAUCGGGGCUGCUAUGGCGGGUCAGGGACUUCACAGUGCUCCUCCACCUCGGCCUCCGUCUCACAACUUCUACGGCGGGGGCCAAUCGAAUCCUGGUAACCAGCUCUAUGUUGGAAAUCUACCCUAUCAAGCUGGCUGGCAAGACCUAAAAGAUCUUUUCCGUGUGGCUGGCAACAUUAUUCGUGCCGACAUCAAUCUUGGUGCUGAUGGUCGGCCAAAAGGCUCGGGCACUGUUGUCUUUGAGACCGCAAAAGAUGCUCAAGCCGCUAUUAACAUGUACCACGGGCAAGACUGGUAUGGUCGUACCCUCGAAGUUCGAGAGGACCGUUAUGCGGGUCUUUCCGGCGGUGGGGGAUUCCGUGGCGGUCUACGUGGAGCUCGUGGCCUUGGAGGACGUGGCCUAGGCGGACGUGGAUUUGGCAGUCGCGGAUUCGGUGGUCGCGGAGGCGGUUUUGGUGGCAGCACUGGCCGCGACUUUUCCAACCAAGACAUUUAUGCUGACUAUACCGGACCUGAUCAUGGCGGAGCUGCAAACUCGUAUAGUGGCGGCGGCGGCGGAUUCAACGCUGGGUUCGGUGGAGGCCAAGGAGGUGCAGGGGGUGGCUUCCAGGAAGAACCGAGUCAGCAGAUUAUGGUGCGGAAUUUACCUUGGUCGACUGCAAACGAAGACCUUGUCGAGCUUUUCGAGACGACGGGACAGGUAGAGCUUGCGGAGAUUUUGUUUGACGGAACUCGGUCCAAAGGUUGCGGCGUUGUGCAGUUUGCGCAAGUCAGUGAGGCGGAAACUGCAAUCGCCAAAUUCCAGCACUAUAUGUACGGUGGUCGUCCCUUGGAUGUCCGCUUCAAUGACCGUUGGCAUACGUUUACCCCGACCGCAGCCAAGGGUGGUCAGGUGGGGCAGCCCGAGAUGAUGUGA